GAAGAGCCAUUGAAGGCACAGUGGACAUAAAACCGCGGUGCCUGGCCUACAGCGGAUAGUACUGAGUUUCUGCUGGGGCCCGGUGCUGGAUUCUCCAUCGUCUUCUUUAUAGUUGACUGUAUGAAGGCUCGGUAGGCACUGGAGGAAAACUUUCUUCGUCUUGUUCGGCCCUUCUUUUUCUCCUCAAAGGCCCUGCAUGUCUAAUAUUUAGACAUGUUCAGCUUUGUGGAUUCACGGACUCUUCUGCUCUUUGCAGCGACUCAAGUCAUUCUUUUAGCAGUUGUCAAAUGUCAGGAAGAAGAUGUUCAGGAGGAAGGCAGCUGCCUUCAGGAUGGGCAGAAUUAUAAGGACAAGGAUGUAUGGAAACCUGAGCCCUGUCGGAUCUGUGUGUGUGACACCGGGACUGUUCUGUGUGACGAGAUCAUCUGCGAGGAGCUAAAGGAUUGCCCCAACCCCGAGAUUCCAUUUGGAGAAUGUUGCCCUGUGUGCGGCGCUAACGCACCUGACAGAGAUGGGUCGCCGGGUCAAAAGGGACAGAAGGGUGAGCCAGGUGACAUUACUGAAGUUGUAGGACCAAGGGGGCCCGGUGGUCCAAUGGGCCCUCCAGGAGAGCAAGGACCAAGAGGAGAGAGAGGAGACAAAGGUGAAAAAGGCAUUCCUGGGCCACGUGGCCGUGACGGUGAACCUGGCACUCCUGGAAACCCUGGACCUCCUGGCCCACCAGGUCCUCCUGGACCACCUGGCCUUGGCGGAAACUUUGCUGCUCAGAUGUCAGCUGGUUUUGAUGAGAAAGCUGGUGGAGCUCAGAUGGGCGUGAUGCAAGGACCAAUGGGCCCUAUGGGACCCCGAGGGCCACCUGGCCCCACUGGCGCACCUGGACCUCAAGGUUUCCAAGGUAACCCCGGAGAACCUGGUGAACCAGGACCUGCUGGUCCUCUUGGUCCUCGUGGUCCCCCUGGACCUUCUGGCAAACCUGGAGAUGAUGGUGAAGCUGGCAAGGCUGGUAAGCCCGGAGAACGUGGACCUCCUGGGCCUCAGGGUGCCCGUGGUUUCCCAGGAACACCUGGUCUUCCCGGAAUCAAAGGUCAUAGAGGUUACCCUGGCUUGGAUGGUGCAAAGGGUGAGGGUGGCGCUGUUGGUGCCAAGGGUGAAGCUGGUGCCCCAGGUGAGAAUGGAGCCCCAGGCCCAAUGGGCCCUCGUGGAUUGCCUGGUGAGAGAGGACGCCCAGGACCUCCAGGUGCUGCGGGAGCACGUGGUAAUGAUGGGUUGCCUGGUCCUGCUGGUCCCCCUGGCCCUGUUGGUCCUGCCGGUGCUCCUGGCUUCCCUGGAUCUCCAGGUUCUAAGGGAGAAGCUGGUCCUACUGGUGCCCGUGGUCCUGAAGGUGCUCAGGGUCCAAGAGGAGAAGCUGGUACCCCUGGUUCUCCUGGACCUGCUGGCGCAUCUGGCAAUCCUGGUACUGAUGGUAUUCCUGGAGCAAAAGGUUCAACUGGUGCUCCUGGUAUUGCUGGUGCUCCUGGUUUCCCUGGACCUCGUGGACCUCCAGGGCCUCAGGGUGCAACAGGGCCUCUUGGACCAAAAGGCCAACAGGGUGAUCCCGGCAUUCCAGGAUUUAAGGGAGAACAAGGUCCCAAGGGUGAAAAUGGUCCCGUUGGUCCUCAAGGUGCUCCUGGUCCUGCUGGAGAAGAAGGGAAAAGAGGUGCCCGUGGAGAACCUGGUGCUGCUGGCCCACUAGGACCACCUGGUGAAAGAGGACCUCCAGGUAACCGUGGUUUCCCAGGCCAAGAUGGCCUUGCUGGACCUAAGGGUGCCCCUGGUGAACGAGGUCCCACUGGCAUUGCUGGUCCAAAAGGUGCUAAUGGUGAUCCUGGCCGUCCUGGAGAGCCUGGCCUUCCUGGUGCUAGAGGUCUUACUGGUCGCCCUGGUGAUGCUGGACCUCAAGGAAAAGUUGGUCCUUCUGGUGCACCUGGUGAAGAUGGACGUCCUGGCCCACCAGGUCCUCAGGGUGCCCGCGGCCAGCCUGGUGUCAUGGGUUUCCCUGGUCCUAAAGGAGCAAAUGGUGAGCCUGGUAAACCUGGUGAGAAGGGAUUGGUUGGCGCUCCUGGUCUGAGGGGACUUCCAGGCAAAGAUGGAGAGACUGGUGCUCAAGGACCUCCUGGACCUUCCGGUCCUGCUGGUGAGAGAGGAGAACAAGGACCACCUGGACCUCCUGGAUUUCAGGGGCUACCCGGACCUCCUGGCCCACCAGGUGAAGGUGGCAAACCCGGUGACCAGGGUGUUCCUGGAGAAGCUGGUGCUGCAGGUCAACCUGGUCCCAGAGGUGAGCGUGGUUUCCCAGGUGAACGUGGAAGUCCAGGACCUCAAGGUUUGCAAGGGCCUCGUGGAUUGCCUGGUACACCUGGCACAGAUGGUCCCAAAGGUGCAAUUGGUCCAGCUGGUGCUGCUGGUGCUCAAGGACCUCCUGGUCUUCAGGGAAUGCCUGGUGAGAGAGGAGCAGCUGGAAUCCCCGGACCCAAGGGUGACAGAGGUGAUGUUGGUGAGAAAGGACCUGAGGGUGCUCCUGGCAAGGAUGGUGCUAGAGGUUUGACUGGUCCAAUUGGUCCUCCUGGCCCAGCUGGUCCUAAUGGCGAAAAGGGUGAAUCUGGACCUUCUGGUCCUUCUGGUGCUGCUGGUACCCGUGGUGCUCCUGGUGAUCGUGGAGAGACUGGGCCUCCUGGACCUGCUGGUUUUGCUGGCCCUCCAGGUGCUGAUGGUCAGCCUGGUGCCAAAGGAGAACAGGGUGAGGCUGGACAGAAGGGUGAUGCUGGUGCCCCAGGCCCUCAGGGUCCAUCUGGAGCUCCCGGCCCACAGGGACCUACUGGUGUGUCUGGACCUAAAGGAGCACGAGGUGCACAAGGACCUCCUGGUGCAACGGGCUUCCCAGGUGCUGCUGGCAGAGUUGGACCUCCUGGCCCCAACGGUAACCCUGGACCACCAGGACCCCCUGGAGCUGCUGGAAAAGAUGGACCCAAGGGUGUCCGUGGUGAUGGUGGUCCUCCUGGCCGCCAAGGAGACACUGGUUUGCAAGGACCUGCUGGUACUCCUGGAGAGAAGGGUGAACCUGGUGAAGAUGGUCCACCUGGUCCCGAUGGUCCUCCUGGUCCUCAGGGUCUGGCAGGUCAACGUGGUAUUGUGGGUCUUCCAGGCCAACGUGGUGAAAGAGGCUUCCCUGGACUUCCUGGCCCAGCUGGUGAACCUGGCAAGCAAGGUGGUCCUGGAGCUGCUGGAGACCGUGGACCACCUGGGCCUGUUGGACCUCCUGGUUUGACUGGACCUCCUGGAGAACCUGGAAGAGAGGGCAAUUCCGGAUCUGAUGGACCUCCUGGCAGAGAUGGUGCUACUGGCAUAAAGGGUGAUCGUGGUGAGACUGGUCCAGCUGGGGCUCCGGGUGCACCUGGAGCUCCAGGUGCCCCUGGACCAGUUGGUCCUACUGGGAAACAAGGAGACCGUGGUGAAUCAGGUGCACAAGGACCUUCUGGACCUCCUGGACCUGCUGGAGCCAGAGGAAUGCCUGGACCACAAGGACCCCGUGGAGACAAAGGAGAGACUGGUGAAGCUGGUGAGAGAGGACAGAAGGGACACCGUGGUUUCACAGGUCUGCAGGGUCUGCCUGGACCUCCUGGUACUGCUGGUGAUCAAGGUGCCACUGGUCCUGCUGGUCCUUCUGGUGCAAGAGGCCCACCUGGUCCAGUUGGUCCUCAAGGAAAGGAUGGAUCUAAUGGUUUGCCAGGUCCUAUUGGUCCCCCUGGACCCCGUGGACGUUCUGGAGAAACUGGCCCUGCUGGACCCCCAGGUAAUCCUGGACCACCUGGUCCUCCUGGUCCUCCUGGCCCUGGAAUUGACAUGUCAGCAUUUGCUGGAUUAUCCCAGCCAGAAAAGGCUCCUGAUCCUCUGCGUUACAUGCGUGCUGACCAAGCCUCCACCUCUUUGAGGCAGCAUGAUGCAGAGGUAGAUGCCACCCUUAAAUCUCUUAACAACCAAAUUGAGAACAUCCGUAGCCCAGAGGGCUCCAAGAAGAACCCUUCACGUACCUGCAGAGACCUCAAACUGUGCCACCCAGACUGGAAGAGUGGAGACUACUGGAUUGAUCCCAACCAAGGCUGUACGAUAGAUGCCAUCAAGGUUUUCUGCAACAUGGAAACUGGAGAGACCUGUGUCUAUCCUAACCCUGCAAGCAUUCCACGCAAGAACUGGUGGUCAAGCAAGAGCAAGGACCGCAAGCACGUCUGGUUUGGCGAGACAAUGAACGGAGGAUUCCAUUUCAGCUAUGGAGAUGACAGCUUGGCUCCUAACACUGCCAGCAUCCAGAUGACCUUCCUUCGACUUUUGUCUACGGAAGCCUCCCAGAACCUGACCUACCACUGUAAGAACAGCAUUGCCUACAUGGACCAGGAAGCAGGCAAUUUGAAGAAGGCCGUCUUGCUUCAAGGAUCCAAUGAUGUUGAAAUCAGAGCAGAGGGCAACAGCCGCUUCACGUACAACGUGCUGGAGGACAGCUGCACGAAACACACAGGCCGAUGGGGCAAGACUAUAAUUGAAUAUAAAUCUCAGAAGACAUCCCGUCUACCCAUUGUGGACAUUGCACCAAUGGACAUUGGAGGAUCAGACCAAGAAUUUGGUGUUGAUAUUGGCCCAGUUUGCUUCUUGUAAAAAAAAAAAAGUUAAAUCAAAUAACUUAAAACAACACAAGAAAAAUUAAAACACACCUUUUUUUAAAAAAAGAAAGAAAACAAUACGAUUCCAUUUUUGAUAAGGACUUUUUGCGUACUUUCCAGUCACUCCUAGAACUUCUGCACUGAAUGGCUCCACCAAAGUUCACUGUUCCACAAGUUUUCCGUCCCUACCCGUUCUCUGGAUUUCCUGUAAACCUUACCUGGGCCAGCAACUAACAAGCGACCAAGAACGAGGGGGGAGAAAAAGCAAGAAAAAAAGAGAAAACAAAACAAACUUGGUAUUAUUUAUUUAUUGUCUUCCUAUAAGAUCUUUUGGGGUUAGCAGUGGGGUUACCGAGUGGUAUACUGAAAUAAUCGCUUUCUCACAAGCACAGGAAAACAAACCCGCCCCUAUUGACAAGUGAAUAAGUGCAGAUAAUCGUACAGAGCAACCCUCGCCGUUUGUGUAUCUGCAGAAGUACUGUGUAUUAUAAUAAAACAAUGGUGCUAUUGUAAAACCGUCUGUAUUUUUUAACAACAAUUCAUAUAAAAGACCCCUUUGUGGAAAGUACAUUUUGA